ACUGUCAUAAGUCAUUUCACCUGAGGUCUCGAGUAUACAUCACAAUAUCACAUCUCUCUCCCUUCCCUCUCUCUCCCUCUCUCUCUCUCUCUCAAGGUUCAUCAAGAAAUCGAUUUACUGUCUUCAUCUCUCACAAGUUCUGCUCAUUCUGGAUAAAUGGACAGUAUUGUUGAUACUUUGAACACUGCGUAUCAAGAAUAUGUUGCUGCAGCUGCUGGUGCACUUGAAGCCAAAGAGCUUGCCGGUGCACAAAAUACACCUGCAACUGAUGCAGCCCUUGAGAAUUUUAAGCAGCGAUGGGAGUUGUUUAGAGUGGCAUGUGAUCGGGCUGAGGAGUUUAUUGAGUCUGUAAAGCAGAGGAUAGGAUCUGAGUGUCUGGUUGAUGAAGCCACCGGUUCUGUUACAGGAAAGACUGGACAGAGUGCCGCGCCUGGUCUUCCACCUAUUAGUGCAGUUCGGUUAGAACAGAUGAGUAAAGCUGUUAGAUGGUUAGUAAUUGAAUUACAACAAGGUUCAGGAACAGCUGGUUCUUCAUCACUUACCCACCCUUCUGCUCCCUUCGAUGCUAGAUUUUCUGAAGAUCCCGCCCAGUAGGUAGUCGAUUUCCUGCAUCAUAUUAUAAGGGGGAGAACUGAAAUAACAUUAUAUGCAAGAAUUUAAGAUGAAUUUCCAAUUGAAAUUAGGUUUUCUGAAUGAAUCAAUUGUGAUGCUGAUUGCUUCUGGACUUAAAUCAUAUGAAUCUUGUUGAAGUUCAAUCUGAGCAUUAGACAUAUACUUUUUUA